CUCUAAAUAACGCGCAUCUUUUCUCUUGCGAUGUCUGCAGCUGGACGAUCCGUCUCUUUUCUGCUCUCGUUCUGUGGAAAGCGGAACGUGCAACCUCACUACGAGUACGAGGAGGAUGACGGCGAGUUCUACUGCGAGCUGCGCGUGCCCGGUGUCGAGUUCAUGGGGUGCGGAGAGGCUGGGAGCGAGGAAGGAUCGCAGGAGAAAGCGGCGGAGAUGUUCUGUAACCUCCUCCUUGAAAAGGGGAUCAUUGACAGGAGAGAGCUUGCAGGCGGAGGGGGCCAAAAUUUAGUUCACAGCCGAACCCCUGUAUUGGGGGUUCAGUUGCCCAGACCUCCUGUCCCUCUUCGACCCCCUCCACAAGCCACCCACUACAAUAACCCCACCAACUUCCAACAACGUCCACGUGGAUUCACUCCACCUCACCAGUUUGGUGGAGUCCGCCCCUCUCUCCCUCCUCCCCCCAUGGCCGCUCGUCCGGGCCCCUCCCCUUCCUCCACUGGCUUAACUCUCGUCUCUGACUAUGGAGUGAAGGUUGUGGACCCUCACGCUCCCGGAGGAGACAAACACUUUGACAGAGCCACCAACAAGAGAAAAUACGAUGAAAUAGCCGGACCCGACUCAGGGCACUUCACUCUAGAUACGGCCAAAUCAAGACUCCACCUCUUCCUACAGCAGACCAGGCAGCCCAAGGACAUGCAGAUCAGACCUGUCGGACCAGAUCAUAACCGGAGUUUUGUGGCCGAAAUGACGAUAUAUAUUCCAAAACUGCAUCAAACAAUCCAUGCAGAGGAACACGCCAGUACCAAGAAGCUCGUCGGAAACGCCCUGGCUCUGAACCUAGUGCGACAGCUCUUCAACCUCGGAGCCAUUGACGCAGCCAGAGCCCCAGGGACCAAGAAACCAGCAGACGUAGUUGAUCCAAAGGAAGUAAAUCUGAGUCCAGAACUGGUAGAUAUGCUGCGAAGGCUGCUGGCAGACCUCAACAUUACUCCCAUGCCAGAGGUGACAGGAGAUGAGUCCAGGCCAGUCUCGGUUCUCCAGCCACUCCCCAAACCAAACUCCGCCGCAGCGGGGGAGGUGAGGGAGGGGGACGGUGUAGUCAGUUGGAAACCUCCCCACAUUGAUUGGAACCCUUGGACCAACCGCAGCACAUACCUCGAGGGUUCCCCCUAUGCCCAGCUGGAACCAGGUGAGCGAGCUGCUCGGUACUCUCACGAUCUGGCUCAGGAGAUGAGCAGCAGGAAGGGCAGCGAGUUUGCCGUUCAAAAGAGUCUCCAGGAGCGGCAGUCCCUCCCCAUAUCCUCCAUGGCAGAGGCGAUAGUCUCUGCGGUACAGACCCACCAGGUGGUCGUCAUCCGAGGUAGCACUGGCUGCGGGAAGACGACGCAGGUACCCGCAGUAUAUCCUGGAUAGCAUGGUCGCCAGUGGCAACGGAGCUCACUGCAACAUUGUCAUCACACAGCCUCGUCGUAUCAGUGCAGUGUCAGUGGCAGAGAGGGUGGCCCAGGAGAGGUGCGAGGAUCUGGGGUACUCCACUGGCUACAGCGUACGGUUCGAGUCAUUUCUCCCUCGUCACUACGCCUCUCUCCUCUUCUGCACCGUCGGUGUUUUACUGCGUAAACUGGAGUCUGGACUGAUCGGCAUUUCUCACGUAAUCGUGGACGAAAUCCACGAACGGGACAUGAACGUCCACGUUGAUUUGUAUUUCUGGAGACUCCAGUGAGGAAAGGACUGACUUCAUUCUGGUAGUUCUUCGUGAAAUGAUUCGUGUGUACCCUGACCUCCGAGUCAUCCUGAUGUCCGCGACAAUAGACACCUCCCUCUUCUCCCGUUACUAUGGCGACUGCCCCAUUAUCGAGGUGGAGGGAAAGACGUUCCGUGUCCAAGAGUAUUUUCUGGAGGACGCCAUUCAGAUGGUGAGUUUCACUCCGCCUCCCAUUGACCGGAAGAAGAAGAAGAGUAGCGGCGGAGGUGAAGCUGAAGAGGAGGAGGAAGAGGAGAACCUGAACCUGGUGUGUGAUACCAGUGUCUACAGUCACCACACCCAGCACGCCAUGGCCCAGCUGAAUGAGGGAGACAUCUCCUUUGAACUGAUCGAGGCCCUCUUGCUCUACUUCCAGAGCCUCCAGACCCCGGGAGCCGUCCUCAUCUUCCUCCCUGGUUGGAACACCAUCUUUGCUCUCCACAGACACCUCAGUGCCCACAGAGUGUUUGGGUCUCCUGCGUACGUACUGCUGCCGUGUCAUUCCCAGAUACCGCGUGAGGACCAGAGGAGAGUUUUCAUGCCAGUACCACAAGGGGUCACAAAGGUAAUUAUUGCCACUAAUAUAGCAGAGAGCAGUAUCACUAUUGAUGACGUCAUCUAUGUUAUUGACUGCGCCAAAGCUAAGAUAAAACUGUUCACGUCCCACAAUAACAUGACGCACUAUGCGACGGUGUGGGCUUCUCGUACGAACCUUGAGCAGAGGUGUGGUCGUGCCGGUCGCGUCAGGCCUGGCUACUGCUUCCAUCUCUGCAGCCGAGCCAGAUACCACAGGUUAGACCGUUUCCACGGUUGCUCUUCUUGAUUCUCUUCGUUUCUUUAUUGCCCAUCUCUCUUAUCUCUCUCUCUCUCUGUAGCCAAGGUAGAUAAGAUUAGAUUCCAUGGCUGUUCUUCUUCAUUUCUCUCUCUUGCUUGCCUCUAUUCUUCUCUUUUUCUUUCCUUGUUUUAGCUAGCCUGGAAACUCUGUCUGUCUUACACCACCCCCACCCAGGAUGCCGCAGCACAUAACUCCAGAGAUGUUGAGGACUCCUCUCCACGAGAUAGCUCUGACCAUCAAGCUCCUCCGAUUGGGAGAGGUCCCCUCGUUCCUCAGCAAGGCCCUGGAACCUCCUUCUCCCACUGCUGUCACUGAGGCCAUGGUCCUUCUCCAUGAGAUGGAGGCAAUGGAUGUGGCUGACCAGCUCACUCCUCUGGGGACCAUUCUAGCCAGACUCCCCAUUGAGCCACGCAUGGGCCGAAUGAUGGUCCUCGGAGCUGGCUUUGGCCAUAAGAAAGACUUCGCAGAGACUCGCUCUUCCGAUGUCUCCUCCGUCUUCCUCUCUUCCACCCCUCACUUUCUCUCUGUUAAACUCUUAUUGUUGCACAACUUUCAUAAAACUGCAAUGUCGGUGACGCCAUGUGUACCAUCGCAGCAUGCACCAAGUUUCCCCGAGCCGUUCGUCUCACCUCCUGGAUUCAAGCGACUCCCUUUCUCCCACAAGAGGUUUGCAGGUCACCGUGCCAGCGACCAUCUCGCCAUGCUCAACGCCUUCUACCAGUGGGAGAGAACCAGGGCUGAUGGGGAGGAUGCUGAGCUGUCUUUCUGCCAGUCCAACCAGUUGGCACACACCUCACUGCGAAUGGCUGCCGAAGCUAGGGAGCAGUUGAAAGGCCUUCUCGUGUUCUCCGGGUUUCCAGAAGAGUGUUUUGUUCCAUACCACUGCCGAGUCACUGGUCCAGAUGAGAGAUCUGACAUGAUAGUGGCACUGCUCUGCGCGGGAUUGUAUCCCAACGUCUGUUUCCACAAGGAGAAGAGGAGAGUUCUAACAGCCGAGGGGAAGUCAGCUCUCAUCCACAAGUCUUCAGUCAACCUCAUCAACAAAGACCCCAAAUUUCCCUCUCCUUACUUCAUCUUCGGAGAAAAGCUGAAGACAAGAGCGGUAGCGGCAAAGACCACGACAAUGGUAGAACCAGUUCAUCUCCUCCUCUUCGGCUCCAGCUCUGUCGUCUCCCAUGGCAACAAUCUCGUCAAACUGGACGAGUGGAUACCGUUGAUGAUGUCACAUGAAUCGGCCGCUCUGAUUGGUGGACUACGUCAGGCCGUGGACGACAUGAUAGUCCGCAUAGCGACAAACCCCGCCCAAGUAACGAACCCUUUGCCCCUGGACUCGGCCAUCAUACAAGCUGUUCAGGCCCUCGUUUCAUCAAAAGCCACACCCCCUACGCUUCCUGAGGAACCCUCCCACGGGUGAGUUAAAUUUCCCAUUCUCUGAACCCUCGAAAUAAAAUUUCUGCCCCCC